AUUCUCCCCACUAAAAAUGGACAUCCUCAAAAUCUUCUUCGUCUCUUUCUUCUUCUUCCUCUCCUCAACCACUGCAGCCACCAUACCCACCUGCAAAACCACCAUCUGCCGCCGCUACGAGCCACUGAUUCGGUUCCCAUUUCGGAUCAUCAACCGGACGUCGCAACCGAAAUCCUGCGGCUAUCCGGGUUUCAAUGUAAGCUGUGACACUGUAAACCAAACAAUACUUGAGUUACCAAAUUCAGGAAAAUUCAGACUCCAAGCUAUAGAUUAUUUCAAACAAGAACUACGGAUUAAUGAUCCUAAAAACUGCCUGCCUCAACGUAUUUUGUCCCUUAAUCUCUCGGGAUCACCCUUCACUGCCGCGUAUAAUCAGAAGUUCACCUUCUUUAAUUGCUCUUUAAGCUAUCUGGCGUAUCGCUUGAACCCUAUUGCCUGCAUGAGCAACACAAACUACACCGUUUUUGCUUCGUCUUCUCAAAUAGUUAUCAACUCUCUGUCAUCUUCACCGUCUUGCAAGAUUGUUGCGGCGGUUGAAGUGCCGGUUGAGUGGCCGUUUUACGAGCAGAUUGCGUCGUCGGACCUCAGUGAUAAUCUGAGGCUGAGCUGGAGUGAACCCAAGUGCGGGAAAUGUGAGAGAAGAAGUGGACAGUGCGGAUUCAAGAGCAAUUCUACCAUUGAAAUCGGUUGCUCGUAUUCAUCUCAAGGAGGACUUCCCAGGGGUGCUCGUUAUGCAAUGAUGGUGGGAGCCGGAGUUCCUGCAAUGUUAUGCCUUUUGGGACUUUCCAGUGUGGUUUAUAGGAUGCUCAAGUUUGUAAACAGGAACUUGACUUUGCCGGAGCUCAAUCCUUCAACUGCUCUACCGCCCACAGUUGUGAGGGGCCUCGAUGGCCCAACAAUCGACUCUUACCCCAAAGUUGUUCUUGGAGAGAGUCGGCGUCUGCCGAAGCCUGAUGACAAUGUUUGCUCAAUCUGCCUCUCGGAAUACAAGCCUAAAGAGACCCUCAAAACAAUCCCUCACUGCCUGCAUUGCUUCCAUGCUGAAUGCAUUGAUGAAUGGCUUGUGUUGAAUGCUUCUUGCCCAGUUUGUAGAAAUGCACCUCAUAGAUUGCCACCGCCACUGUCUACCCCACCGCUGCCACCACCACAGCUACCAUUGCCGGGAACAAUGUAGCUUGAAAUAUCAUGUGCAUCCUAGAUUACACAUAAUUCUUUGGGAAUUGUUAGUUUUAUAUGGAAAGAUAUUCAUCAAUUUGUAUAUAUAAUUUUUCUCUUGAGCGUUGGUUGUUCUUUCUAA